AUGUUACCUAUGAAGGGAGCCCGAGACUGGCGGAUGUGUUGCAGCAUCAGUUGUAUAUGUAUGGUCAUGCUAGGGUCCGCCUCCCUCCCUCUCCUCGUCCUCGAUCCUUUAACGCAGCGGCUGACACGAGGAGCCUGUGAUGAACGGGCUCUUGGAGAGGAGGUUCACGUUGCAGGAUGCGGUGAACUCAGUGAAGGUCAAGGAGACGUCGUGGCACCGUUCCUCUCUAAUGUGGAGAGAUUCCCGUUCUUUGAGGUCAUUUACGCGAUCAUGUCGUUCAUCCCCGUGUCAGCAUACUGGCAGGGUAUCGUCGGUGGAUGGCUAUACGGCACCAUCACGGUCCCCGUUCAGAAUUUCAGGUUCCGCAGAAAGAUGGAGCGGCCCAUCGAGCCGUGCUUGCUGUGGCAGGCCUACCCGCCGACGGUGCUGAGGGACAUGGCCUACGGCUGCUCCAGGUGCGUCAUAUACAGCGCCCUCGCGAGGCACCUCACGACGGACUCCACAAGCGUGGUCGUCACGGCGUUCCUCUUCGGCGUCGCGACCUGGCUGGCCUGCGUCUUCUCCUCGCCGCUCAACGAGUGGCGCGGCUACUGGGUGCAGCCGCCCAACGCCAAAGUACCCUUGGGUCAGUUUUUCAAGCAGGAGAGCGAUACGUUCGCUCGACUCUGA